AGAAAAACAUCAUAAUGGAAUUCCAAUUGAAUUGGUUAAUGACAAAAAAAUAUUAGAAAAACAAUUAUGUGAGUUUGUUGUUGGUGUGCGAAGAGAUGAUAGUGAAGAAUAUUUGUCAUUAAAAAAUUGUGUAAUUAAAGAUCAAAUUACCUUAAAUGGAAAUUCAUGCAAGCAAAAUUAUCCAGACUUAUAUAAAACUUUAAAUGGAAAGCUACAUGAUCUUAAGAAACAGGGUAAGAUUUCUACAAAGAAGGCUGACACACUUUCACCAAAUGAAAUCAAACAAAUUCUGAAUCACCCAUCAACAUCAAAAGAUACACCCGAAGGUCUUUCUAGGAGAGUAUUUAUAUGGGUCUGUUUAGUAUUUAGUCCUCGUGGUGGUGGUCUUGAUGGUAAUAAUGAAUCACUAAAUAUCCCAUGUCCAUGUGAUAAAGAACAUCAAGGAGCUUAUGAUGACAUUAUAUCUUAUUUGACAAUCAAUGAUGAUGUAUGGUAUCUUGAUCAUAAAAUUGGAACUGAGAAAAUCAAGAAUUACAUGAAGACAAUAUGUUUCGAUGCUGGUAUAAAUUUAAAUGGAAGAAAAAUAGUCAACCAUUCUGGUCAUGCUACUAGUCUAAAUUGGUUAUAUCAAAGUGGUGUUGAUGACAAUCUCUGGUCAUAA